AUGACAAGCAAACAGGGCGCCGGUGGCGGCAUCGAGAGCAAUAGGAGACAACUAUCUACCUCGGCUCGUGCUAGUAAUGAGAACGAGCCCACGCAGGAGACGGAGGAUCAGCCCACGACCAUAAAGCCCGCGCAGUCGCAGAAAGAAGAAACGCAGUUCGUUCAGGCGCCGCAAGGUCUGCCUCGGAAUAUUAACCCUUCUUCCAAUGCGGCCACACCGCCAACACCCAGCUUGCCGAUGUCACGCGCUGCCUCGACCAGCUCGAGCGUUGGCGGCCCAACGGCGUCCACCGACGGUUACUUCAGCCACCACACUUACGCCACGAAGCCAAAACCGUCCUUGCCCCUAGAUCCUCCCGUGACGAAGGCGACGAUGGGUGAACUGGAUAUAUCGAAAAUCAAUAGCAACCUAAAGCUUCGUCAUGACAUCAAUUUCGACGCCGAGCUGCAUUUCAGACCGAAUGUGGAGGGCGACAAGGGCAAGAGGAAAGGGGCCAGGACCGAGCGUUUCUGGAACACGCUGCAUGAGCAACUCAACAUGUUUGUCUUGGACCGACAGGGAUUCUAUGAGACGUAUGGCUACCGCGACGACUGGUGUCUGCCCCGUCUGCUGAAGACGGUGAAGGACAUCAUUCAAACCCUCGUGCCCGGGCGAGAUCGGGUCCACCUGAACGAAGGCCUCAACGUGGAGCUGCUGAUGCAACAGUUUAACAAGGGCACUGCCGAUCUCGAGAAGCUCGCGUACUGGUUAGCUGGGGUUCUCAAGUCCCACUGCGCCCCGAUGCGAGACGAAUGGGUCGAUCGCAUGUACCAGAAGCUGAGCAAGGGCAACCGCAACAAUGACAUGGGCGAGAUAGUGCGCGGCCUGCGGGGGCUGCUCGAGGUGCUCGAGGCCAUGAAACUCGACGUCGCCAACCACCAGAUCCGCAGCUUACGGCCCAUUCUCAUAGAAGACACGGUCCUCUUCGAACAACGCUUCUUCUUUAGGCAGAUGCAGGAAGGCCACUUCGACAUCACUCCUGCCGGGCUUUGGUACCGGGACUCGGGCAGGAGAUAUCGGGGCACCGUGUCGCCGGCCGCCGCGCAGUCUUUCGGCGAGAUGGCCAUUUUCUUCGAGGGCCUCGCACGGUUGAUGCGGCCUUCGGUUGACGAGAAGGAGAUACCCACCACGUUCGUGUUCGACGAGGAGCGUCUUUUGAGACUACGUUCCAACAUGCUCGACGCCAUCAAUCUCGAGAUUUGCAUGCGGCAUUAUGACGACCUCGAAAGGGUCAGUCGCUCCGUCAGCUCGUUACUCUCCGGUUUUCUUGCUCGCCCAGACGAAGAUCACGCCGCUUCUCGAUCGCGUAGCUUUUUUGGCGCCAACGCCUCUUCCUACUCAGGCUCCUCUCGGCCCUCCAGCCUGGCUUUCAGCUGCGCCGGCUCCGACACGUCCUCCCCACGCUCCUCUUUUGUGCACCAGACGCAGGCGUCGGCCGGACCGGAUGCGGCCGAGGCGAAGGCCAAGUCACGAAAUCUAUAUAAUUCUCUCAUCGCCCUCCUUGAGACGUCCCCGGUCGAGUCAGGACACAAAUCUCGUUGGGCCGCUCUAGCGCCCUCACUCGCGCUCCAAAUUUUCCGAUACACCAAUGCACCGUCCGAUAUGCUUCCUGCUUUUGAAGCGAAACUCCAAUCCCACGUCACCGAUGUUCAGAGCUCCCUGUUCCGUGAAGUUGAGGACCAGUUCAACGCCCGUCUGCUCGCUAAGCUGCAGCGCCGCGUGCGCGAAUUCAAAGGUCUUCCGGGGUUUACCCUCUUCUCUAUCACUACCGCGAGCCGGAGCAACGCCACUGGGCGAGUCUGGGACGGCGACCGCGAUCAACAGCAGCUACGCAUUUCCUCGCUCCAUUCAUCGCUUCAUCCCGGGUCGCUUCUCGACGGCUCCGGGAGGGAAGCCCGUGGAGAUGGUGCCGUCGAGGAUAUGGCAACUCGAUUAGCACACCUGGGAGUGUUGCACUGGAGGGUCUGGGCGCAGCUGGCGUACGCGGGUGAUGUGGACGGCGACCUGGGGAGCGACGUACAACCCGGCACAAACCAGAUUUGA